AGCAACCAGAGCUCAAGCACUUAUUUGCGUUCAUUGGUUGUCCUUCGCAACAAGAUGGGCUGCCUUCAAAGCUCACGGCCGCCCUACGUGCCUCACGUGCCGCAGUACAGCAACGCGGCUCCGACGGUUCCGGCGGGCUACAAGCCAGGAGGAGUGGUGCAAGGCCAGCCUGUCGGCUAUUCUCACGAAGCCCAACCUUACCAGACGUACCAAGAUGCCUACCAACCCUACCAGUCGCAGUACCAGCCUGGGCCCUACCAGUCGCAGUACCAGCCUGGGCCCUACCAGUCGCAGUACCAGCCUGGGCCCUACCAGGCUGGGUUUGAGGCGCCCUACCAGGCCCAAGCCUACCAGGGGCCCGCCUACACAGGGCAUGGCAACAGUUACUCUGGCGGCGGCGGCGGCAACGGCAUGGCUAUGGCCGGUGCUGGUUUAGCUGGGUUGGCCGGCGGAUUCAUCGCUGCUGAGCUUAUCGACGACAUCUUUUGAUGGGGAAGGACUAAAGAAGCAGUCCGAGUAAAACAGAUAGGCCUGCCAAACUCAGAUCUCCUAAGCAAUUGAUUUGGCGGAGCUUGGCUGUGCCACUGUACAGAACGGCACAUGCUUGCAGAUGUAAAGUCGUUGCCGGAAGGAAUUCGACUACCGCUUUGAACUUGUACAGACAGAAGCGGAAGAAACACCGUUUCAGAAGAAACACGCU